CUCCUGGUGCACCACCGGCGCGCCCUGCGCCUGCAGGUGAGCCGCGGCCAGUACCGGGAGCUGGUGAGCGCCGCGCUGCGCCGGCCGGGGCCCGCUCUGGUACUCUACCUGGUGGACCUGCUCGACCUGCCCGACUCCCUGCUGCCCGACUUGCCGUCGCUGGUGGGCCCCAAACAGCUCAUCGUGCUGGGGAACAAAGUAGACCUGCUGCCCCAGGACGCACCUGGCUACCUGCAGCGGCUCCGAGAGCGUCUCUGGGACGACUGUGCCCGCGCCGGGCUCUUGUUGGCACCUGGCCAUCAAGGACCACAACAACCCAGCGAAGACAAGCCACAUGAUGGGGACCAUAAGAAUCUGUCGGCCCGGUCCCGCACGGUGGUCAGGGACGUAAGGCUGAUCAGCGCCAAGACCGGCUAUGGAAUUGAAGAAAUGAUCUCCGCGCUUCAGCGGUCCUGGCGCUACCGGGGCGACGUCUAUCUGGUGGGCGCCACCAACACGGGCAAAUCCACUCUCUUUAACACACUGCUAGAGUCCGAUUACUGCACCGCUAAAGGUGCCGAGGCCAUCGACCGAGCCACCAUCUCCCCUUGGCCAGGUACUACAUUAAACCUUCUGAAGUUUCCUAUUUCCAACCCAACUCCAUACAGAAUGUUUGCAAGACAUAAAAGACUUAAAAGAGAUGCAACUAAAACGGAAGAAGAUCUUAGUGAGGAAGAACAAAAUCAACUUAAUCACUUUAAAAAGCAUGGUUACGUAGUAGGUAAGCCUCUCUUGGGAAAACCCUUAUGGGUUGAGAACCCAUACAGCU